AGGAGGAGCGUGGAUGCUGCCCUGUUUCGGGUUCUCCUCAGCAGCCGCGCCUCAAGACGCCACCUCUGGUCCACUCCGCAUCUGUCACAACUGCAGCCGAACGCCGCGGCAUGUCCACAUUCUCACAGGGAAACGGUUCAUGAUCUUGCAGGAUAAAGAUGUCCGAAGUGCGGAAAUUUACCAAAAGGUUGAGUAAACCUGGAACGGCGGCGGAACUCCGGCAGAGUGUGUCCGAGGCUGUGCGCACGUCAGUGAUUGUGGAGCAGCCCAAGAUUAUCGAGCCCCUGGAUUACGAGACGGUGGUUUUCCAGAGGAAGGCCCAAAUCCACAGCGACCCUAACCGUGACCUCCUCCUCUGUCCUGUGGACGAUGUCUCGGAAUCCCAGAUUUCAAGGCAGAGGAGGACCGUCAAUCCGUCAGUGCCUCAGAAUGCGGAGAGGGAAGCCAGGAGCCUGUUUGCCAAAGAGUGCAUCAAGAUGUACAACACAGACUGGCAGGUCAUCAACUACAAAUACGAGGCUUACUCCGGAGACUUCCGUAUGCUUCCCAGCAAAGGGCUGAAGACGGAGAAACUGCCCAGCCACGCCUUCGAGGUGGACGAGGACGCAAAAGAUGAGGACACCUCGUCGCUGUGCUCUCAGAGAGGUGGUAUAAUGAAGCAGGGCUGGCUGCAGAAAGCCAAUAUCAACAGCAGCCUCUCUGUGUCGAUGCGGGCCUUCAAGAGGCGGUACUUCUACCUGUCCCAGCUCCCCGAUGGGUCCUACAUCCUCAACUCCUACAAGGACGAGAAGAACUACAAGGACAGCAAAGGCUCCAUCUACCUGGACUCCUGCAUUGAUGUCCUUCAGUGUCCGAAGAUCAGGCGGAAUGGCUUUGAGCUGAAGAUGCAGGACCGCUACAGCCACUUCCUGGCGGCGGACAGCGAGGCGGAGAUGGAGGAGUGGGUGGCCACGCUGAGGCAGGCCCUGCAGAGCAGCGCGGAGCUCAGCCAGGAGAGGAGGAACGGAGCCGACUCGCUGGAGUGCGCUCUAGAUGAGGACAGCAGUAGCCAGGGAAAGCCGGAAACCAUCAUGGAGAGCCUUGGAAGGGGUCUGCACCCGGAACUCAUGAAGUAUGCCAGAGAAACAGACCAGCUUAAUAAAAUCAACAGGAACGAUGGGAGACUCAAGCUGUUCACACUGGACCCUGAAACACAGAGGCUGGAUUUCUCGGGCAUCGAGCCGGACGUGAAGCCGUUUGAGGAGCGGUUUGGCCGGCGUGUGGUCGUCAGCUGCCACGACCUCACCUUCUCCCUGCAGGGCUGCGUGAGCGAGAGGAACGACGGCAUCCUCACCAACGUGGAGCCGUUCUUCAUCAGCUUGGCCCUCUUCGACGUGGCCAAGAGCUGCAAGAUCUCCGCCGACUUCCACGUGGACCUGAACCCGCCGUGCGUCAGGGAGAUGCUGGCCGACUGCCACGCCCAGCACGGGUCAGACGCUGACGGCGGGGGAGGGGGCAAUGGCCUCCCCGUUCUGCAGAGGGUGUCGGAGUCGCUGCUCCGCUUCCCCACCCAGGGCAUAUUCUCUGUGACCAAUCCCCAUGCAGACAUUGUCCUGGUGGCCCGCAUUGAGAAGGUCCUGCAGAAUGGCAUCACGCACAGCGCCGAGCCCUACAUCAAGACCUCCGACGUUAGCAAGACAGCCCAGAAGGUUUUGAAGGCUGCCAAGCAGACCUGCCAGCGCCUUGGCCAGUACAGGAUGCCAUUCGCCUGGGCUGCAAAACAGGUGUUUAAAGAUGCCCAGGGAAGCUUGGACAUGGAUGGAAAGUUCUCGCCUCUGUAUCGUCAGGACAGCAGUAAGAUCUCCACUGAUGACCUCAUUAAGCUGCUGGCUGAGAUCAAGAAGCCGGAGAAGAGCAAGCUCCAGAUCAUUCCAGGACAGCUGAACGUCACCAUUGAGUGUGUGCCUCCGGACUUCUCCAAUUCAGUGACCUCCUCCUACAUUCCCGUUAAGCCCUUUGAGGAGCAGUGUGAGAGGGUGUCGGUGGAAAUCGACGAGUUUCUCCCCGAGGAGGCCAAGUACAACCAUCCGUUCACCGUGUACAAACACCAUCUCUACAUCUACCCGCAGCAGCUCAAGUAUGAGAACCAGAAGACUUUUGCCAAGGCGCGGAACAUCGCGGUGUGCCUGCAGUUCCGUGACUCGGAUGAGGAGGGUGCGGCUGAUCUGCAGUGCAUCUACGGAAAGCCGGGAGAGCCAAUCUUCACCACCAGCACCUGUGCCGCCGUCCUCCACCACAACCAAAGCCCCGAGUUUUAUGACGAGAUUAAGAUUGAGUUGCCCGUGCACAUCCAUGAGAAACAUCAUGUGCUGUUCACUUUCCACCACAUCAGCUGUGAGUUCAGCACCAAGAAAAGAGAGAGUGUGGACUCGCUGGUGGGGUACUCGUGGCUUCCCCUGCUGAAGGACGGGCGCAUGCAGUCCUCAGAGCUGCAGCUUCCCGUGUCUGCCAACCUGCCUGCCGGGUACCUGUGGGACAAAAACAUGGAUUCCAAAAAGUCGGCUCCGGACAUUAAGUGGGUGGAAAACGGCAAGCCACUGUUUAAAGUGAGGACUCAUGUGGCCUCCACCAUCUACACCCAGGAUCUGCACCUGCACAAGUUCUUCCAGCACUGCCAGCUGUCAGGCUCUGAGGACAGCCCAGCUGAGCUCAUCAAGUAUCUAAAGUGCCUGCAUGCCAUGGAGACUCAGGUCAUCAUUAAGUUCCUCCCCACUAUUCUGCUCCAGCUGUUUGAGGUCCUCACCACGGCAACCAAAGAAUCCCACGAGAUCGCUGUCAACUCCACGCGGGUAAUAAUCCACAUGGUCUCCCGCUGUCACGAGGAGGGUCUGGAUCAUUACCUACGCUCUUUCCUCAAGUAUGUUUUUAUGAGGAAUAAAUUGGCGGGUGGGCCGUCAAUGACCACCCAUGAAGUCCUGGCCACAGCCGUGACUGCGAUCCUGAAACAGACUGCUGAUGUCAUCACCAGCAACAAGCUGCUCAAGUACUCCUGGUUCUUCCUGGAAACCAUGGCGAAGUCGAUGGCGCAGUAUCUACAGGAGGGAAACAGGAUGAAGAUGCCGCGCGCCCAGCGGUUCCCGGACAGCCUCCAGCAGGCCCUGCAGUGCCUCCUGCUGUCCAUCAUGCCCCACAUCACCAUCCGGCACGCCGAGAUUCCCGAGGAGGCGCGCUGCAUCAACCUGAGCCUCGCCUGCUUCAUCAAGCGCUGUUUUACCUUCAUGAACAGAGGCUUCGCCUUCAGCCUGGUCAAUGACUACAUGUGCGGCUUCAGCCUCAAAGACCCCAAGGUCCUGACAGAGAUGAAGCUGGAGUUCCUCAUGGUGGUAUGUAACCAUGAGCAUUACAUCCCCCUCAACCUGCCCAUGGCCUUCGGACGAACCAAGCUGCAGAGAGUGCAAGACCUGGGCCUGGAGUACAGCCUGACGGAGGAGUACUGCAAAAACCACUUCCUGGUGGGCCUGCUGCUGCGGGAGGUGGCUGAGGCCCUGAACGGCUGCCCGGAGAUCAGGCAGCUGGCCGUGGCCGUGCUGAAGAACCUGAUGGUCAAACACGCCCUGGACGACAGGUACACCACGUACAAGAGUCAACAGGCCCGAAUCUGUGUGCUGUACCUGCCUCUACUGGAGCUGCUCUAUCAGAAGCUGAAGCAGCUGUCUGCUCGACUGCACCCGCCUACUCCCGGCCUGGCUCUGGCGGCUUCAGGAGAGGAUCUCAUGCUGACCUGCUCCUCCAUAGACCAACGCAGGACGAGCGCAGCUGCAGACAAGGAGCAUGGCUUCUCCGCUCAGAACGGCCAUGUGAGGAGGGAGGAUUCCCGCAGUUCCCUGUUUACGGAGGCAGCAGCUCAAGAAAACACGGAUGGGAUGAACAGGCGGGGGUCCACGAUGAGCACACUGCCCCCUGUUGGCCGGCUGGGUCUGUACGAGGUCAAGGGCCUGCUCCUGUGUUUCCUGCACAUGGUCCGGACCAUGACAGAAGAAACUCUGCUGUCCUACUGGAACAAAGUGCCUCCUCAAGACGUCAUGAACUUCCUCAGUGUCCUGGAAACAUGUCUGGUACAAUUCAAAUAUAUUGGGAAGAGGAACAUUAGCAGGAGUCAGGACCCCUGGGUGUCUAAGCACUUCUCUCCAGACCGGAAGUCCCAGACCAUGCCGGUCAUGCGCAGCAAAAUGGGCCUCAUGCAGGCGAAAAUCCAGCAGUUCGGUACCAUGGACACCUCAUUCACCCUGAAUACAGGUACGGGACCCUCAGAAGCAGAGAUCAAUCACCAGUCUCUGCUGGAGGGAAACAUCACCACCGAGGUCUGUCUGACCGUGCUGGACUCCAUCACGCUCUUUACCCAGAGCUUCAAGAGUCAGCUGCUGGAUAGCGAUGGCCACAACCCCCUGAUGAAGAAGGUGUUCGACGUCUACCUGACCUUCCUGAAGGUCGGCCAAUCAGAGGGUGCGCUCAAGCACGUCUUCGCCGCCCUGAGAGCCUUCAUUACCAAGUUCCCGUCGGUGCUGUUCAAGGGGCGCGUGACGCUGUGCGCCGCCAUAUGCUACGAGGUGCUGAAGUGCUGCGUGUCCAAACUGGGGGCGCUGCGUGGCGAGGCCUCCGCCCUGCUCUACCUGCUGAUGAGGAACAACUUCGAGUACACCAAGAGGAAGACCUUUCUGCGCACGCACCUCCAGAUCAUCAUCGCCGUCAGCCAGCUCAUCGCGGACGUGGUGCUCACUGGCAGCUCGCGGUUCCAGGAGUCCCUCUCCAUCAUCAACAACUUCGCCAACAGUGACAAGGCCAUGAAGAUGACUGCGUUCCCGGCGGAGGUGAAGAGCCUGACCAUGCGCAUCCGGACGGUCCUGAUGGCCACUGCGCAGAUGCGGGAGCACGACCGGGACCCCGAGAUGCUGCUUGACCUGCAGUACAGCCUGGCGCGCUCCUACGCCAGCACCCCCGAGCUCCGCCGCACCUGGCUGGACAGCAUGGCGCGCGCCCACCUGAAGAACGGAGACUACUCCGAGGCAGCCAUGUGUUAUGUCCAUGUGGCAGCGCUGGUGGCGGAGUAUCUGUACAGGAAGAAAAUGUUUCCCAGCGGCCUGGUGGCUUUUAAGAAGAUCACACUGAACAUUGACGAGGAGGCGGCCAUGAAGGAGGACACAGGCUUGCAGGACGUGUACUACAGCGAGGAGGUUCUGGUGGAGCAUCUGGAGCUGUGUGUGGACGGGUUGUGGAAGGCGGAGAGAUACGAGCUGAUCACUCACGUCGCAAAGCUCAUCGCCCCCGUCUACGAGAAACGCCACGAGUUCGAGAAGCUGAGUCGGCUGUAUGACACGCUGCACCGGGCUUACAGCAAGGUCCUGGAGGUGAUGCGGUCCGGUCGGAGGCUUCUGGGAACCUACUUCAGGGUGGCCUUCUACGGACAGGGCUUCUUUGAGGAGGAAGAUGGGAAGGAGUAUAUCUACAAGGAGCCAAAACUGACCGGUCUGUCAGAAAUCUCUCAUCGUCUUCUCGGUCUCUACGGGGACAAGUUUGGAGCCGAGAACAUCAAGAUCAUUCAGGACUCCAACAAGGUGAACCCCAAGGACCUGGAUCCCAAGUUUGCCCACAUCCAGGUCACCUUUGUGAAGCCUUACUUUGACGAGAAGGAGGCCGCAGAGAAGACGACGGACUUUGAGAAGUGCCAUAACAUCCACCGCUUCGUGUUCGAGACGCCAUACACCCUGUCGGGGAAGAAGCACGGGGGCGUGGAGGAGCAGUGCAAGAGGAAGACCGUCCUCACGACUGCCAACACAUUCCCCUACGUGAAGAAGAGGGUGGAGGUUGUCGGGGAGAAGCAGGUGGAGCUGAAGCCCAUCGAUGUGGCCAUCGACGAGAUGAGGGACCGCACCAGCGAGCUCCAGAAGCUGUGCUCCAGCCCAGAGCUGGACAUGAUCCAGCUUCAGCUCAAACUGCAGGGCUGCGUCUCCGUGCAGGUGAACGCAGGUCCAAUGGCUUAUGCCCGGGCCUUCCUCCAUGACGCCAAGGCCAGCCAGUACAGCAGUAAGAAGGUGAAGGAGCUGAAGGACAUUUUCCGGAGGUUUGUCCAGGCCUGCAGCGUGGCGUUGGACAUCAAUGAGCGGCUCAUCAAAGAAGAUCAGUUUGAGUACCAGGAAGGGCUGAAGGGCAACUUCAAGGACAUGGUGAAGGAGCUGUCUGACAUCAUCCACGAGCAGAUCUUCCAGGAGGACAUGAUGCGCUCCCUGCUGCAGAACUCGAUGCAUGUGUUCCGUGCCAUCAGCGGGACCACCCCUGACCUGGACUGAGAUCCCACCAUCAGCGGGGUCAACCCCUGACCUGGACUGAGAUCCCACCAUCAGCGGGUCAACCCCUGACCUGGACUGAGAUCCCACCAUCAGCGGGGUCAACCCCUGACGUGGACUGAGAUCCCACCAUCAGCGGGGUCAACCCCUGACCUGGACUGAGAUCCCACCAUCAGCGGGGUCAACCCCUGACCUGGACUGAGGUCCCACCAUCAGCGGGGUCAGCCCCUGACCUGGACUGAGAUCCCACCAUCAGCGGGGUCAACCCCUGACCUGGACUGAGAUCCCACCAUCAGCGGGGUCAACCCCUGACCUGGACUGAGAUCCCACCAUCAGCGGGGUCAACCCCUGACCUGGACUGAGAUCCCACCAUCAGCGGGGUCAGCCCCUGACCUGGACUGAGAUCCCACCAUCAGCGGGGUCAACCCCUGACCUGGACUGAGAUCCCACCAUCAGCGGGGUCAACCCCUGACCUGGACUGAGAUCCCACCAUCAGCAGGGUCAACCCCUCACCUGAGAUCCUGUCAUCAGCUUGACUGACCAGCCUUGCAGGCACCACCAGCUAAACCAACUUCCCCCCCGGGAUACUGGAAUGUCAGAGCACUGCCUGUACAGCAACACAGCAGCCCUGCUAUUCUACGAAGAUAAAAUAACACACUGUCAGAGCCGGCCACUGAUAUAAACACUCCAUGCCGUUGUUUCAGGCCGAAACCAUCCCUGGACCGCACGCUUUUAGAAUGUGACUAUGUGAUUUGACGACUUGUGACCCCAUGGUGCUCCAACAUAACAACAUUCUUGUUUCGGGCCGCCAAAGCCGCAGAGGCUGGCGUGAGUACAGAUUUCUCAUCGGUCACAAAUCUUGGAAGUUGCCCAAUUUCUGGUUCUGGUGUCAUUGUGCUGUAUCGACUCCUUAUUGGAUACAGUUUACUGAGUAGCCGACUGCUAGCAACUACAGCUAAGAAUGCUACCUAGCUAGUUAGCUAGCAGUUCUGGCAGUUGAAUGUUAACUCACUGCUGGAAUUCACAACUGCGAGCUCACUGGUUACUAGGUAGCCUUCUUAGCUAUAGCUAACGUGCUAGCGGUGGGCUAUUACGCGAACUAAUGGAACGGUAUAUCACAAUGAUGCCAGAACCGGAAAUAUGGCUACACACGAUUUGUAGGCUACGCAAAUGUGCUCUGCACUCUGUUGCAACAGUAACACCACACAGACUUGCAUUCCAGGCCACCUACUACCACCAAAGAAAACAUGUUUCUUCCGCAUUCCCUUCCUCACUCGCUCAGCCCAACAUUUUAUGUGGUAUCUGGAGGCAUGACAUAUGUGAAAGUGAGAUUUCCUGAAAUGACUCAAACUGUCUCAAUAAGAUCAGAAUUUUAAUAAGAAGAUUUUAAGUAUGAUUAUAAGACUAAAAUACUAGUUGAGAUUGUCUAAUUUAUUUGGCUUGUGCGGUGUUUACACAAUGACUUUGAACUGAAACCGUAGCGUCAGCCAGAAAGUAGCUAUUGUUAAAGGCUGUUGGCCUACGCGCUGCUGGGUGCAGCGCAGUUUGAUGACUCAUGGGCCCUGUCAGACCGGUUAAGGGGACUGAAGGGUGCGGCACUCUGCAAACGCUGGCAGCCACUGUGUUUGUACACUUCAGUCACUCUGCAGGGUCUCUGGCCUUACAUGGCCAUUGCACUUAAGCUGCUGGGUACAGCCGCGCUCCCGUGAGCACCGAUGAUAAAUUGGGAUGCGGGACGGCCCCUGCUCCAAGAUCGGGGCUCAGUUUUCCAGUCCCAGUCAAUUCAGAAUGAGACGAACGGGGGAAAAUGGGUGAAUUCACCCCAGGCUUAGGGAGCGGGCCUUCGGUGCACAGCCACUGCAACCCCGAGCAAUGAAACGUUACGUUUUUUGAAGAAUAGGUGGAUUGUGGAAUGUUUGGAAUGUCCAAGUCAGUCUUCUGGAACGGCAUUGCUUUCUGUUAUCAGCAGUGAUUGUUACAUCAGCAUUAGAAUGUUCAGUUAAGAACACUGUAAUCACAUAUUUGUGAUCGCAAGACACAUUACCGCUGAAAUGCAUUGUGAUUCCUCUGCCUUUCUUUGGGUUUUCUAUAGGGUGCCUUAGUCCAUAAUGGGUUAAAGGGUUAAACUAAACCCCAAAGCGUGUGCAAUUUUGGCUUUCCAAUAACAAAGAGAAUGCAAAACUGUCAACACAGAUGAGGCUGCAGGAUGAUAGGUGUCUCUCAAGUUUUGCAGAAACUCCAGCUUCCACAAAAAGGGCUUUUUUAAAAACGAUUUAUCCCUCAUAUUAUUUAAAAAAUAUAAACGCAAGUUACUCCUCCUCACCCCCAACCCCUCCUCCUCUCUCCCUCAGCUCCUCCUCCUCUCUCCCUCAGCUAUUCCUCCUCUCUCCCUCAGCUCCUCCUCUCCCCCUCUACUCCUUUCUCCCAGAUACUACUCCUCCUCACCCCAACUCCUCCUCCUCUCUCCCUCAGCUAUUCCUCCUCUUCCCCAACUCCUCCUCUCUCCCUCAGCUACUCUUCCUCCUCUCUCCCCAGCUCCUCCUCCUCUCUCCCUCAGCUACUCUUCCUAUCUCCCCCAGCUCCUCCUCUCCCCCAGCUGCUCCUCCUCUCUCCCCCACAGUUCCCUCUGUCCCCUCAGAGUGCGGCCAUGCCCUUUGCCCUUUGCCCUUAUCCCGUUCGGAAGCAAAGUGCCUACCCGUUUGUGUGCAAGUCAUGUUUGACCCCUAACCAUCGCAGCCUGAAUUGACUGAACGUGAAGUGGAACUGGCCCCAGUCUUGCCCUGAGUGCCUAAUGUCCCUCUGGUCGUUCCGCAUUCAUUUCCCUCCAGCUUUAGUUCCUUUAUUAGGGGAGACACCAAUCAUCCAGUGACUGUAGAACUGCACUGCACAAACAAAAAAUAAACGAAUCUUAACAAGUAUUAUAUUAUUAUAUGUUAUAUCUUUUACUUUUUUUCAUAAGUAAGACAAAACGUUUGUUUCGUGAGACAGUUUUACUCAUUUCUAAACUUGCCAAUGGGGUAAGAUAAUUUCACUCGACAAACAAAAAGUAACUAAAGGCAAUUAGUAGACAAUAUUCUCUACUUAAGGGGAAAACGGUAGAUUUUAAGUCUCAAGACCGGUUAAGACAGACUUUUUUUUUUGCGGUGUUAGAUGGGGAAUGAGACAUACAAUCUUUUUCUCUCUCCCUCUCACAUAGAAAAUACUAGCUUUUUUUAAGUUACUGUUUGCUUGGCAAGUAAUAUUUUUUUUACCCCAUUCGCAAAUCUUGAAAGGAGUCAAACUGUCACACAUUGUAUCUCACCACAAUAUUUUCUCAUUUAACAAAAACGAUAUUUUAAUAAUAGCAAUGAUUUUACAUCUAAAAUAUAAGUCUGGAAUGCUUGUUGAGACGGACAUAUUCUUUGGUUUUUGCAGUGAGUUUGCAGCAGUAGCACAUUUAAGCAAGGCCAGUGCAGUCCUCCAGUGCAACAGCUCCACAUCUCAACUAAUGGACAAAAUAAAAAGAUGCAAGUGCUUGGCUGCCCCUGCUUUGGAAAGGCAGACUGACAUUCUCCCAAGCCAACUGAGGGCUAGGCUGCAAUGGGAGUGGGCAGUAAAUAUGGUGUGACACUCCAAACUGAGAGAGAAAAAAGAAAGAAUAAUAAUAAACAGUGUUGACCUGUAAUAUGCAUGCAGUGGUGACUGCAGUGUGGUCAAGGUAUGCAGUUGUAAUUACAGAACUGUACAGGCUCAUAACACUUGAUGGUAUUUUGAAGAAUCAUACUAGGUGUACAGGUGUACCACAGACUCUACUGAUCAUUGGUGAAUAGGCCAGCUGAUAAUUAGCAGUGCGUGCAAUGCCCUCCCCCAGUUCAAUUCAACUACAAUUCAUCAUUUGAAUGUGCUACCAACUGCAACAAUAAGAGUGGGUCAAUGUCUUGUGUGAAAACAUUUUGCAUUUGGGGUUGUGUAGUGUGUGACACAACAGAGAAGGUAAAACUGUCUUCUGUCGUUUAGUCGUUUAUAAUUUGGCCUCUGUUUCUAGUCGUUCCUUCCCAGACCAGGUUUCUGAUUUUGUGGUUUCCUUCCCAAAGAAAGUAUUGUUUGAAGUUGUAUGCAUUUUUAUAUUUCAGUGUAGCCUAUUUCAUUUUAUUUAACUGGGGAGUAAAAUAAAAUAACUUCCAUUUAUUUAACUAAAGGGGGUAAAGUUGAUGCCUGGUGAAAGUGGGUUUGCGUACUUGGGAGGAUGUGAUUUUAGGAUGUAGCCUAAGUACUACCAUUGGGUGAGAUGCGUAAUCACUGCCCAUUGCACGGAUUAUUUGGCGGGAAAACUACUUCGCUACCCAUACCUGACAUAGCCUACAGUAUAUGGGGAAUUACUAUUAUCCAUCCCCGUCGUCUCGUGCCACGGAGACAUUCUCUCUCCUCAGGAACAUCACCCUUAACCUUGAGGUAGCCUGACUAACUCACGUACUGUUAUACAGUAUUUCACAAGUGCUGCACUGAAAAAAUAAAGUAUAUGCAGAUUUCUAUUAUAUAAUAUAAAGUUUUAAAAUGUAAAUGGCAUAUGUAUGUAGGCCAUUCAUAGGCUAUUGGCCUAGUGCUGCUGAUGCAACUCAUUGAAGAUACGUGUUACUUUGUGUAUUUUCUUUUUAUUGCGUUGUAUAUUAGUUCACAUGCCUGUUCAAAGAUACUUUUUAAACAUUUUUUAAAUAAAAUGCAUUUUGAAAAUCAA